AUGGCGAACCUCCGGAACCUCAUCGUCUCCCUCCUCCUCAUCUGCACAGUCUCUUUCCUAUACUUCGGCCAGACGGUUGAAGCUCAGGGCAAAGGACCAAAGAUUACACACAAGGUCUACUUUGACAUCCAGCAUGGCGACGAGGACGUUGGUAGAAUCGUGAUGGGCUUGUACGGAGGCACCGUGCCGAAGACCGCCGAGAACUUCCGCGCCCUCGCAACUGGCGAGAAGGGCUUCGGCUACGAAGGCUCCACCUUCCACCGCGUGAUCAAGUCCUUCAUGAUCCAGGGCGGCGACUUCACCAAGGGCGACGGCACUGGCGGGAAGUCCAUCUACGGCGCCAAGUUCCCCGACGAGAACUUCAAACUGAAGCACUCUAAGAAAGGCCUGCUGAGCAUGGCCAACUCGGGCAAGGACACCAAUGGCUCGCAGUUCUUCAUCACCACUGUUGUCACGAGCUGGUUGGAUGGGAAGCACGUGGUGUUUGGCGAGGUGCUGGAGGGGAUGGAUGUGGUUGAUAAGAUUGAGAACUGCCCGAAGGGACCUGGAGAUAAGCCGAAGGCGACGGUGAAGGUGAAGAAGAGUGGGGAGCUGGAGGUGCCUGAAGAAGGUUACACUGGGACGGCAGAGCCAGCGGAGGCUUUGAAUGGAGCUGGCGACGAGAGGCUACUGUCUGGCGAGAGCGUGAAGAAGGCGGCGGCUGAGCUGCAGGAUGCGGUCAAGCUUUCGAACGAACCUUUGAGCUGGACGCUGAAGCUCUUCAUUCUGGCUCUGAUUGUUGGUGCAUGCUUUGCCUACGUCCGCGUGCACACACCGAGACGGACGCCGGCUGGCAGGCAUGGAGCUUAUGAGAAAGGCGCGUUGCCAUAG